AUGUGGCAUAUGGAAGGCAUAUCAUAUUUUGUUCUCUUUUACCUUAUCCUUGCUGGUACAAACACCAAUGGUGUCAGUAUCAAAACGGACGAAAAUUCUUCCUCAAAAUCGCAAACGGAUACUAAUAAACAGGGCAAUUUUAUUCGAAGUUCAGUAGUUAAUGAAUACCUUUGUGAGAAGAAGGCCUUAAAAGCAUGUUGGAAAUUCGCUUCUGGUUUCAAUAACAGUCAGAGAGGUUUUGUCGCACUUGCAUAUGGUCAGAGAGAUACCUGUAAAAUAUUUCAAAUCUUUGAAAACUGCUUAUCGUCUUCUUUGACUUAUAAGCUUGCUAAAUGCCGAUGGCCUCACUUGCGCCAAUUCUACAUAAGAUACGCUGCUAAACAAGUAAUUUAUCGUACUUUGCAAAAUAAUUGCAUCAAUACUGCCGAACGCCAAGGGAGAGAUUAUAUGGUUCCUGAAGAGUGCUAUCAUCAUCCCCUAUUUAUAAUUUGCGAUCAAUAA